AAAAAAUUAUAAAUAAAUAAUGUUCAUGUUUGCCAAUUGGUUGAAUAUUUUACCAAUCAUAUUACCUUAUUUUCCAUUGUCUUAAUAAUCAACCAAUUGUAUUAUUGUAAAUUUUUAUUUCCAGUAAAACAAGUGUCUCAUUGGUAGCAGCAUGGCUUUGUUAUUAUUUAUUAUUAUUUGAUUGAUGUUUAUUGUUGUGGUUAAUGUCAGGUUGUUGUGGUUUAUUAUUGUCAUUUUUAUUUAUUUAUUUUUUAUCAUUUUUUCAAUAAACUUGCAAGCACAAUUACUUAGGACUGUGUUGGUGUGUUUGUAGAUAAGAGAUAUGUGGAUAUAUUGUAGGGCAAAUGCAGGCAAAUGUUUGUUUUUUUUUUUUUAAUAUAAAAAAUUAAUUUUUACACUCAAAAAAAAAUAUAUACCUGUAAUUAAUAAUAAAGGUAUUAUUAAGAGGCUGAUGAUAACAACAGGCACUUGAACACGAUGUGAGCUUGAAGAGGCUGGUUAUUAUUUUUUUUAUUUUUAUUUUGAUGAUGGAUUUAAUUGUGUGUUAAAGCUGGUUGUGUUAACUAGAAUGUUUAAAGUAUAAAUUUAAUACAAAAAAAUGGGAGGUAAUCAUUCAAGAAAUGUACCAAGUCCUGGUGGUGAUGUUAAUUUUGAUCAUUUUCAAAUACUCAGAGCUAUUGGAAAAGGAAGUUUUGGCAAAGUAUGUAUUGUUGAAAAAAAAGAUAAACCAGGACAAUUGUAUGCAAUGAAAUAUGUACAUAAAAUUGAAUGUACUGAAAGAGGAUCACUACGUAAUAUAUUACGUGAAGUUAAUAUAUUAUCAAAAUUAGAACAUCCAUUUUUAGCAAAUUUAUGGUUUAGUUUUCAAGAUGAAGAAGAUUUAUUUAUGAUUUGUGAUUUAUUACUAGGUGGUGAUUUACGUUAUCAUAUACAGCAUAAUGUUAAUUUUACUGAAGAAAGUGUUUGUUUAUUUAUUGCUGAAAUAUCAUUGGCACUUGAUUAUUUGAGAAAUAAUAAUAUAAUACAUCGUGAUAUUAAACCAGAUAAUAUUUUACUUGAUGAAAAUGGACAUGCACAUGUAACAGAUUUUAAUGUUGCAACUGUACUUGAAAAUGGACAAUUAGCAACAGCAAUGUCAGGAACAAGACCAUAUAUUGCACCAGAAAUUUAUCAAUGUGCUGAAACAUCAAAUUUAAAUUAUAAUAAUAAAAAAACAGGUUAUAGUUAUGCUGUUGAUUGGUGGAGUUUAGGUAUUCUUGCUUGGGAAACACUUUGUGGUAAUAGACCAUUUAAUUUACAUUCUGGUACAAGUUAUUCUGAUGCUAUUAAAAUUUUAAAAAAUUAUAAACCAAUACCAUGCCCUGAAUGGAGUAAACCAAUGAUCAAAUUAUUAAAAUCAUUAUUGCAAUAUGAUCAAAAUAAACGUUUAACAAAUAUCAAUGAAUUACAAAAUAUGGAAUUAAUGAAAAAUUUAAAUUUUGAUCAAAUACUUAAUAAAAAUAUAAAUGCUAAAUUUAUACCAUCUAAAAAUCAUUUAAAUUGUGAUCCAACAUUUGAACUUGAAGAAAUGAUUAUUGAAACACGUCCAUUACAUAAAAAAAAAAAAAGACUUGCUAAACAAAGAUCUUUAAAAAGUCAAGAUAUUAGUGAUGAUUCAAAUUAUUCAAAUUGUAGUAAUUAUCCAAUUGGAUUAGAUUUAAUACCAGAAUAUCCAAUUUAUAAUAGAGAACGUGAAAUGGAAAAUAAAUUACGUGAACUAAAAGAAAAACAAUGGGAAGAAGAGCUAAAAAUUUCUAUGGCUCAAGCUGAAGCUAAACUUGGACCAAUUGAUAAUCAAAUUAAAUCAACAAAUCGACUAAAUGUUUCAUCAAGACGACCAGCAACCACUUCACUUGACCUUGACUUCAUCGAUGCAAGUCCUGAGACAUCUACCUCUUAACGUAUUUUCUAUCUAAUAAUGUAAAUAUUAUUACUGAUAAUUUAAAUUAACCAAAGAACGAAAAAUUUUUACACCUUAAAAUAUGUCAAAUUUAGACGCACAUAAAAAUUUUUUAAAUAAAUGAUAAAACUUUUUAAUAUAUUGUUUAUUAAAAUUUUUAUUAAUGAGUCAUGAAAAAAUUAUUAAAUUUAAUUAAAUGCUUUAUUGCAUUUUUACAAACACAAAUAUGUGGGAAAAAUUAUAAUCAAUAUUUUAUUAAUAUUAUUGUUUAUUAUGCAAAGAUUCGAUAGUUGUGAUAAAUAUUAUCGAAAAAAAAGAACAAUAAUUAUAUGUAUCUGUUAAUAUCACAAAAUAUGACGAAAGCCAUUUAUUUUUUUUUUUUUCAGUUUUUAAAUAAAUUUGAGUUUUUUUUUUUAGCUUUGGAAGCCCACAAUAAUUUAUGUAAAUUUGUUUUUGUAUUUUCAAUAUAAUUGAUUGACGAAAAUAUAUAAUUUCAUAAUUUUGUUCUUUUUUUAUUUCACAAAAAUAUAAUUUAUAUUUUUUUUUUUAAAUUAAUUGUUAUUUUAUAAUAAUUAUUAAAAAUAUUAAUAUGAUUUUUAGUAUUUUUUAUUUUCAUUGUAUCAAUGAUUUUAUCAAGUUUUGGCAACUCUGACAACUUGAAUUAGUUAUGUAAAAAAAAAUAAUAAUAAUUAAACAAAAUUAAUGGAAAAAAAAAAAAA